UCGUUAGUCUAAUUUCAUUGUUCCACCGUCGCGUGGCUCUGUAUUUAGCUCGGAAAUUUUCAGCUCAGCAUUUUGUUCACAAUUUUCUAUUUUUCGGUCUUAUUUUCGUCCACGAAUUUAUUUCCAUCGCUUUCGACAAGAUGUUGUUGUUGCAUGUCUCGGGCUCUAGCUAUAAUUUCCAUCGUCUACCAGUGAAUUUUCGAUAAAUUGCAGCAUUUUUUCGGUGGCAUGAUUGCGUGGAGUAAAUGAGAUUCCUUUCAAUUAGAAAGUCCUCAAGCUAUUUGUCCCACAUUGGGGGCGUUAUUGCAGAACCGAUUUUGUUGCUACCAAUUCGAUCGGAUUUGCGGUUGAAUCUAUUUUUAUAAUUGUCAAUCCAGAAGGAAACUGGCUGAAGAAGAUUUCGCUCGAGAGAAAGUGUGUCAACUGAGUGUAUCUUAAGUAACCGGAAAAUGCCCUGGUCUGAUGUGCGGCUUUAGUGCGGAGAAAAUAGUGCGAGUGGUGCUAAUGUAUAGUGUGUGAUGGAUCAGAAAUCCAUAUGAGUAAGAGUGGAGUGCAAAAGAUGCUUCGGAGCCUCUUUAGCGAAUUCUUCUCGUCACAGACUCCUACUAUUUAUACAGCGACAAGUUUAUGUGAUUUAUUUCGGGUCAAUGCUUUCGCCCCUUCUAGAAACACUGAAAGGACUCUUUGUGAAUGUUAAUAGCUCGGAACACAAAGGAUUACAGAAUCGGGGCUGGAACUAAAAAGCCGCGUCUACGUGAACGACAAUAACUUUUGUCGCAACUUUACGCCACAUUCGUCAUGAUGAUGCAGAUGACGAGAAAAUGGUUGGGAAAUUUUCAUGUUUUAAUGGUGACAAAAAUAGAAGCGAAUGGUAGAAACUUAAAUUUUCGUUAAGUGAAUAUUUAAAUGUACCGAAUAAAGUGGAACAGUGAAUUUGAGGUGUUCUAUGCUUGCCGAGUGUCUCGAUGUGCAACCGAUUGCAACGACAGCGCUAGUUCGAUAAACCAAAACAACGUGAGCAGAAUAAACGACGAAUAUAAUACUAUUUAGUAUUCUACACGAAAUUCCUGAGUAUUGCAUUUAGGAUAUCUACAAUUGCACACCUUCGAUUUGAGUGUUUUGGAUGUAACUUUUAUGAAAAAGGAUAUUCAGUAUUGGGAGACGAGGUAGCUGAAAGCCAACGUCAGCAGCAUUAGCAGCAUCAGUAACAACCAUUACGACAAGGUAAUAAAAAGAUGGCUCUUGUGAUGCUUCCAUCGGAUCUGCCAUGGUGGUCGACAGUGCAUAGAAAAUUGGCGGCUAUUCAAAAGGCCUCCGACUUGAAUGCCAUCCUUGAGAUAAUGCAAAACAUCCAUGACCUUUGCAACGUGAGCUUGGAUCCAGAUGACGACGAACGUGAUUCAACCGUUUUUGAUGGGCUGCGGCUUUUUAUUGAGAACGACCUAACUGAAGAGGAGCGAAGUCGUUUCCUUGGCACCACCAUUCGGAACUUGGCGAAACAAGCGCAGAAUAUAAAAGCGUUGAGACCACCGAGAGGGCUUAAUUUUAGUUUACAGCAACAAGCUGAUUGCGUCGAAUUGGACCACAAUUUUGUUGCAUCGGUUCUAGCUAAUGGCUUUUUUUCAACAUUUCCAAAAAGGACUGAAAAGACACAUCCAACUCUUCAAGAUUUUAAUUUUACAAAUUUUUUUCGAUCUUUAGAUAGUAAUAGUCAAAAGGCCAAAUUGCGAUGUUUCCUUCAUUACUUCGAAUGGAUUGAAACGCAAACAUCGUUCGAAUCACAUGUAAAGAUCUAUCGAAAAGUAAUGACCGGUAAACAAUGGCUAACCAUAGAAGACUGGACCGAAUGCAAUUUAGCUCUAUGUCCGCUGGACAUAAAGCAUCAAGGACGAAUUGAGAAUGCCUUAGAUGACACCGUACAAACCAUCUUUACCUCAGCCCGUAUCGGCGGAAAAGUCCUGUAUGGGGGUAACUCUCAGGAAUGCAUAACCCUCUGUACAACACCAGAAGCAAUGAUUAGCUUAUUGUUCAUGGAAGCCCUGGAAGAUAAUGAGGCGCUCUUUAUUGAGGGUAUCUACCAAAUAGCUCGUAUCAUAGAUCCGAAAAAUAAAGCCCUCGUGGAAAUCCUGUCGAAACCGCGAGCAGUUUCUAUAUGCGCAAUCGAUGCCGAAAACUACAGUAUCCUUCCUAUUGAUCAAUUCGAAGAAGAUAAUAUACUACGUGAAUUAAAUAAGUGCCUUUUAGCCUAUAAACAAAAUAUAAACAAUGUGAUAUUAGAGAAUCGAGAGAAGCGACUAUCGAAGGAAAUUAACGGAAGGUUAUCGCCGAUAGGAGAGAGUGGCGGCAGUUCACCCAGGGGCGAUGUUAUGACGUCAAUUGUAAUCAAGCAACCCUCAACGGCGACUAUGAAAUCUAGCUCAGACUCCGGUCAUAUGGCCGAUGACAUCGACCAGCGACGAUCUUGGCUGAAACCAAUUGACAAUGGGCCUGUCCUCUCUGAAAGACGUUCAUCUUCCGUGGUGUCUGGACCCACAGCUUCAGGGCGUAGAGGUCGUUUCAUAAUCUUGGGCUCAUCCGGAGAAUGCCUUCCUGUCAAUCGGGAUGUAGUUUGCCAUCAAACGAACAGUAGUGCAUAUUCCAGCUGUGAUUCGGAUCCUGACGAGUUUCAUAGUGCUAAGGAGAGUUUCGACGAAAGUUCCGAGGAAAGCGACAAUGCUGCCGAGAAACUUAACAAGGAACUCGAUACACCGGAAAAACGAAAAGUUUUCGUUGAAAGACUGAAGGAGGCAUUGCGGCAAUCAAGUACCUAUACCGAAAGUACCGACAGUAGUUAUGCAGUUGGGAUCAGUAUAUCAGGAUCACAGAAUUGUGAUGACGCAGUUAGGAUACGACGUGGCGGUUCAACCGGUUUCGUUCUGAAAGAGGAUUCUCUUGAUGAAGACUUUUACAAGGAAUCAUUAGAACAUGAAAAAGAGUGGCUUAAUAAUUUUCGAAAUAAACAACAACAACAGCAACAUCUUCCCCGUAAAGACACUAGCGAAUCUUCCAAAUUUAGUUUUAGUACCGAAUAUAGUUCCGAACUAGAAGAAAUCUAUGACCAGUUUUCGAAAUGGCUUGACAAGUCCUCAACACAAACCGAAAAGAAAGAAUUAGACCCACGAGAUGAGGCUGUGAUGCUUUUUGCGAAUUCUUUGUUGAAGCGAACUUUGAGCGAGAGUUUUGUUGGGGUUCCUUUAACAGAUGGCUGCGUUUCAGGCUCCGGACUUUCAGCUGAAGCAACAUCCCUCCAACAAUACAAGCAAAAGAAGAAAAAUCUAGCCCUGAAUGCACGAUCGCUCUCUAUGGAGCUUGCGAAAUACAAACACCGACUUGCAGCUCAACUGAAAAAUGAUGAGAAGCCUUCUAACAAGCACGACCAGUGUUUGGUUAAUACUACUGCAACUGCUACUAGUACUACCACAACUGCAAUCCCACCAGACUCGGCAAGAAGACAAUCUUCAAAUGGGAAGCCCAGAAGGCAUCCUAAGUCUAGGCUAACUCCUCCUCCUUCGGCAAAGAGAUAUUUAAGUUGGUCAGUUUCUUGUUCGCAAUCGUUGAAUUGCGACGACAUCACAAUUAAGAUUUCGCAACUGGGUCAAAAGCAUGGCCGACGAAGUAGCAGUUUAUGUCCGAUAGCAACAGGUAAUUGGGGCUGUGGCUCGACAGGGAUGGGAGAUGUCCAGCUGAAGUUGGUGAUCCAGUGGAUGGCGGCCAGUGUCGCCGGUUUGCCGGUUCUAGUCUAUUACACAGCCGGUCAUGAGAUGCUAACAAAGUUGGACACCGUAACUCGGGUACUUCUGGAUCGCAAAUGGACAGUUGGCGAAUUGGCGUCUGCAACCCUCCUGCACGCCCAAGAUGUUUUGGAAAAUACCGAUCAUUCUAAAGUCGAUACGCAAUUCUUUUUCGAGAAAUUAAUUGGCAUAUAGCGAAGAGUAAGGUAACAAUAAUUUACUUCAAACAACAAGUUAACUUCACCCCCCUUAAAGGGGGCGGAUAUUCAAAAAAAUGUAAAAUUAAAAAUAUCCAUUGAAAUUGGAACAAAGGAAAUUCGAAAAGCAAUACCUUUACAAUUUUCUAUAAUACAUAAUAUGUAAAAAGUUGAAAGUACAUAGAGAAAUACAUUUACAUUUGUUACCUUUUUAUAUUGCGAAUGUAAAAGGUCCUUUAUGACAAAUGAAUAUUAGAUCUUUUUACGAGAGGACAGUUCAAAGUGUUAUGAAUAUGAGAAAAAAGUGAUUGUACAUUUGUAGAAAGUAUCUGUAGGAUAUGAUAUGUCUUCCUAAAUACAUAGCCAGCGCUAGUUACAAUGUUCUGAUUGUUUAUUACUUUAUGAGUAAUACUCGAAUCUGUAUUUAAACGCUAGAAACUUUACUUUCCUUAGUGCGAAAAAUUCAUUCAUUUAUCGCGAUUUUAACCAAAGUUUUCAUUUUUUUUUGUCUCCAAGAAACUACUCUGAUAGAAACACAAUCUAUUUUACACUUUACAAACUAGUUGAAGCUCAAAAUAAUGUAAACUGAAAUUAUCUUUUAUUUGAUUUCAUUAACAAUAAUCUUGGAAGGAACUAAUACAACAUUUAAUGAAAGACUCAAUUGUUAAACUAAAUAAAACUCUUAGUGAUUAAAUAUACAAAUUAUUUCCUUAGUUAUCGGUAUAAGAACGAUUUUUUGUUAAUGAUAUCAUUCUAUAAUCAAACGCAUACUCAUACGAUGUAAUAUGAUAUAAUACUCGUACAUUAGCGAAGUUGUUGAAGCGAAAAACAAAAACGUAUUGUUCUAAAUGUAACGACUAAUAAAACCAUUUUGUAUU